UUGCGGCUUGUCUGAAUUGGGUUGGAAGGGCAGGGACUGGCUUGGCGUAUGUGCAGCUCCCAGCACAGAGAGCUCCUCGUCUGUUCAGAGCCCCCCGGUGCCGCUGAGACACAAGUGCUACAUGAUUUUGAUGCUGGUGUGCAGCCUUCUCUGCUUGACGUGGCAGGCCUGGGUUUGCUUUUUGCCCUUUGCGGUACUUAAAAACGCUGGUGUGCAUUGUGGCUGGAGUAUGGGUCUCAGUGCUCAGAGUAUUGGCCCUCAUUCCCCUGCUUAAUGGGGAUAAAACCCCAGUUGGGAGCUUUGCCUGGUCUCCGACGGAGCCUCCCGAGUCAGGUGUCUUCAGAGAUGCCAAUUUUCUAGCGGCGAGUUGGCUUGAGGUAAGUUGGUGCGAUUUCCACACCCAGGGGGUGGGCUGUGCAGGGUGACUCGCUGGAGGAUGUGACGCAGUCUGUGGUGUCAGCCUGGAGCAGUCUGCAAGAGAGGGUGUGCGGAAGAUGUUUGGAGCUGAGCUCGUCUCUGCCUGUUGAACCCAGAGCCCUUUGGGGUCUGGCUUUUGAGCUCUGCCUCCAGGAGGGCUAGGAAAUCCUUUUCAAGUGAAGAUGGAGAGUCCCCUGUGAUAGCAAGAUGAGUAGCCAGGGCUUUGGUGAAAAUCCCCAGAAUUGCCAGCUUGGGGUUUUUAUCACCUGCUGUGACCUGGAGCGCAUCCCCGCAGACCGCCCCCAUGGACCUGCGCAUCGGGCAGCGCUUCGUCAAGCCCGGCUCGGACACGGCCCUGCUUGCUCUGAAGCAGACGCAGCAGCUGCAGCACCAGUUCUUCCUGGCCAGCCUGCAUCAGCAGCAAGUGGAGCAGCUCACCCACCAGCAGAUGCGGGUGAACAUGGAGUCCCCGCACCACGAGGCAGAAGUUGGGCAGCAGGAGCAGGAGCUGCGGCAGCUCCUUAAUAAGGACAAGAGCAAACGAAGUGCGGUGGCCAGCACCGUGGUCAAACAGAAGCUGGCUGAGGUCAUCCUGAAGAAACAACAGGCUGCUUUGGAAAGGACCAGCAACCCCAACCCCUCCGCCAUGCCCUACAGGACCCUAGAGCCGCUGGAUACCGAGGGGCCGGCGCCUCCUGUGCUCACCAGCUUCCUGGCUCAGGUCCCCAGCACCAUAGACCCCCCAGAGCACUUCCCGCUGCGGAAAACAGCCUCCGAGCCGAACCUCAAGGUGCGCUACAAGCCCAAGAAGUCCCUGGACCGGCGCAAGAACCCGCUGACCCGCAAGGAGAGCGCGCCCCCUUCGCUGAAGAGGCGGCCGCCGGAGGCUAUCGACUCGUCCCCCAGCAGCAGCAGCACCCCGGUGUCCGGCUGCAGCUCCCCCAACGACAGCCUCCCGGCGGAGCAUGGGGCCCUGCCCACGGGGCCUGGCUUGGUGCACGAGACGCCACUGGCCCAGCGCCUGAUGAUGCAGGAGAGCUCACUGGCCCAGUUUGCCCAGCAGAGCGCGGCCACGCUACCAACCAUCACACUGGGACUGCCCGCUACCACCAGUGGCAGGGGAGAAGCAGACCGCCACAUGCUCUCCAGCCUGACCCAUGGACGGGUGCCGGUGCUGAAUGGGCCUGUCCUCGCUGGCACGCACCCGCCCAUGUUCAUCCCUGCCAGCUUGGAGCAGCACGAGCCUGGGGGGACCCUUUCCCCACGUGUCAUUAUCCUCGAGCCCUCGGUCACCCACACUCCACUGGUGGCAGUGCCGGGCCUGGGGCCAGUGCCCUUCUCCUUCGCCCCCUCGCUGAUCCCUGCUGAACGUCUUCCGCUGCCCGGGCACCACAAGCCGCUGGGGCGCACCCGCUCCGAGCCCUUGCCCCAGAACCCCAAGGCCAUCCAGCAACAGCUGGCGUACCAGCAGCACCAUGCCCAGUUCCUGGAGCGGCUCAAGCAGCAGACGGCUUUGGGCAAGAGCUCCCCGAGCCCUCCUCAAGCCCCAGCCCUGAGCCCCCCAGCCACUCUCGCCCUGGCCUGUCCCCUGCAGCGCAUGGCAAAGUCCAGCGAGAAGCCCCGUCUACGGCAGAUCCCCUCCUCUGAGGACAUGGAGGCAGAGGUGGGACACCCGGAAGGAGGGGGCGAGCGCAGCGACCAGGCCAGGGGGCGGCUGGAGUCGGCCCGGCCGGGGGCCAGCGUGAAGGAGCCUGAGAGGACCCAGAAGCCAAUGCAGCCUCAGGAGGAGCUGGUUUUGCAGCAGCAGCCCUACAUGUGGGAGCCCUACCAGCGCAUGCAGCAGCAGCUCCUCAAGCGCCAGCUCCCAGCCGACACUCUGGUGGCACCGAGCAUCCAUGGAGGGCACCGGCCCCUGUCCAGGGCUCAGUCUUCUCCUGCAACGGCCACCAUCUCCCUGCCCACCCAGGAGACGCCCACCAAGGCACUGGCUCUGCCAGUGCAGGAGCCGCCAGCCAAGCCGCACUUCACGACAGGGCUCGUGUAUGACUCGGUGAUGCUCAAGCACCAGUGCUCCUGCGGGGACAACAGCAACCACCCGGAGCAUGCGGGGCGAAUCCAGAGCAUCUGGUCCCGCCUGCAGGAGAGGGGACUGCGCAGCCAGUGCGAGUGCCUGCGGGGCCGCAAGGCGACGCUUGAGGAGCUGCAGUCGGUGCACAACGAGCGCCACGUCUUCCUCUACGGCACCAACCCCCUCAACCGCCUGAAACUGGACAACGGCAAGCUGGCAGGGAUCCUGUCUCAGAGGAUGUUCGUCAUGCUGCCCUGUGGCGGGGUAGGGGUGGACAGCGACACGAUCUGGAACGAGCUACAUUCAUCCAAUGCUGCCCGCUGGGCCGCGGGCAGUGUCACAGAGCUAGCCUUUAAGGUGGCCACGAGGGAGCUGAAGAACGGUUUCGCCGUGGUGAGACCCCCCGGACACCAUGCGGACCCCUCCACAGCCAUGGGCUUCUGCUUCUUCAACUCAGUGGCCAUCGCGGCCAGGCAGCUUCAGCAGAAGGGGAAACUCAGCAAGAUCCUCAUCGUGGACUGGGAUGUUCACCACGGCAAUGGGACCCAGCAGGUGUUCUACCGGGACCCCGACAUCCUCUACAUCUCCAUACACCGCCACGACGACGGCAACUUCUUCCCCGGCAGCGGGGCGGCUGACGAGGUUGGCUCUGGCCUCGGCGAGGGCUUUAAUGUCAACGUGGCCUGGACUGGUGGCCUCGACCCCCCCAUGGGAGACCCGGAGUACUUGGCAGCUUUCAGGACAGUCGUGAUACCAAUUGCCCACGAGUUCUCCCCGGACGUGGUGCUGGUGUCUGCGGGGUUCGAUGCAGCUGAUGGCCACCUGCCACCCCUGGGAGGCUACAAAGUCUCUGCCAAGUGCUUCGGCUACAUGACCAAGCAGCUGAUGAGUCUGGCAGGAGGAGCCGUUGUCCUCGCCCUGGAAGGUGGCCAUGACCUCACAGCCAUCUGCGACGCCUCGGAGGCCUGUGUCUCAGCCCUGCUGGGCAACGAGCCGGAUCCCCUCCCCGAGGAGAGCUUGAGGCAGAAGCCCAACCCCAACGCCGUGCGCUCCUUGGAAACAGUGAUCCAGGUCCAGAGUAAAUACUGGAGCACCGUGCAGCGCUUUGCUUCCAAGGUCGGCUGCUCCUUCCUGGAAGCACAGCACCACGAAGCGGAGGAGGUGGAGACGGUGACAGCCUUGGCCUCACUGUCGGUGGCCGUGAUGGCAGAGAAGAGAGCACAGGACGAGCCCAUGGAGGAGGAGCCCAUGAACCAGUGACGAGCGGAGACGUGCUCCGAUGCUCCGACGGCAGGAAGCGGGCUGGACCCUCCGAGCCCGCCCCUCGCUCUCGGCGUCCUGUCAGCCGCGUCAUCUUCUCCCCGCGUCACCGUCCCGAAAAGGACUGGGCCUUUGGCUGUGGCUUCCGCCUGGAGGAGAGUCUCCUACUGCCCCCCUGGCUGUCCCCUCCCCACUCAGGACCCUUCUCCAAGCCCUCAGGCCUGCUAGGGCUCCAAGGGACAGACGGGCAGGAGACGGUCUCUGCCCCUCCGAGCUGCUACGCCAGCCAGGUGCAGAGCUGCCGUUCUCCAGGGGCCAUCCAAGCAGCUGGAUCUUGGGGUGGCCAGUGGUGGCCGGGUUGAUGUCUGGACUCAAUCCACCCUCAGGAUUGUACCAGGGUCCUACCAGGACCAUCCCCCCCUCCAUGAGUGCCCAAGCCUGGGGGGACACAGGUGCCUUCGCACUGGCCUUGCUACAAGGGUUUGUGACCUGCAAGGUGCUGUCCUCUCAGCCCUUGUGGCAGCCGCUGCAACAGUCACCCCCACUCUGAAUGGAAAGCCUUUAGGAGCUGGAUGACAUGCAAAUCACAUGCAAAUGGAAAAGAGCAAGGACUCAAGUGUCUUGAUGGCCCAGAACGGGACCCAGCCAUCUUAACCACUAACCCAGAGGCUCUACUCUCUGGCAUCCGGGGCUCUGAUUUGCACUAUAUACAGAUGACACAUGUGAACCCGGCGGCCUCGUCUUUGAGCCGGUCGGAAACAAACUCCUCUUCCUAUGGACGUUCACCAGGGGACGCGAGCCCUUUGAGCAGCUGGUAGCCUGAGGAUCCAUACUGGACAUAGGCUCCUGCCUCUGAUGUGUCCCGCUCCGGCGGGCGGUCGGCCUCCUUCCAAAGAAUAGGUGGUCGGGGCGCUUCCCGGGGUCCUUAAGCUCCCAGGCAGCUGGCACAGGGCACGUUAGCAGCUCCGAUGUGGGGCAUAGCUGCUGGCGCUGGGCACACACAAGAGAGAGAUACUUGAGAGCUAAGGCCUGGUGUUGGUGACCCCCCGCCCCACCACUGGGCUCAUCAGGCAGCCGAGCCAGCUGGCUUCCUGCUCUCACUGAAGUCGGGUUGGUUUUGUGCAAGGGAGAGCAGGGCCUGCUGUCAUCCAGUAGUGGCACCCUGUCCUGUGCCUCCUCCCCCAUGACAGACAGGGAGGAGUAAUGUGGCCAGUGCCCCCCUCCAAAUGCAGCUGGCCAGAGGGGGGUUGCUAUGACAUAGCUAGUCUGGAUCAUGCCCUCUUCUCAGGCAUGAUCCAGACCAGACUUUGCUAUCAGCUUCAGCAUGGCUGGCUGUCUCCGGUGCCUGCUCAGAGCAGGCCAGGGAGGUGCAUCUUCUCCCCACCCAUUGCUCUCAAGCCUCCAGCCCACCUGGAGGAGAUCCCCGAGCCCUCGGGCCACCAGGUCAGCAGAAGCGAGCUGAAAGCCAGCCAGCAAAUCAGGCAGGAGGGAAGGAGGCCUGUGCAUUAGGCCUGUGUGAAUAGACAGCUAUUCGAUUCGGCUUUGGAUCGGGCUGAUUAGGAUGCCAACGAUCCAAUUCGGAGCUCCAGAUCGGUUUCCCGCUUCGAUUCGGCUUCAGAGCUGCUUUGGCGAACCAGCUAUAGGGUAUAAUGGGGAAUCAGUGAAAUAUCUAUAACUUUGUUUUUUGUCUGAUUUGGAUGAAACUUGCAGGGAUGGCAGCCUCUGCUGAGCAGGAAGCCUGCCAAGUUUCAAGGAGAUAGGUGCAGGGGCUUCGGGGAAACGGCACCCCAAAUUCUUGAAAGCAAAACUCGUGUCACGUGUAUGUGUCACUUCCCAUUAUACUCUAUGGCCGAAUCGGCUCCGAAUCUUUUCCGAAGUGAGUCAGAAAGCCUAAAGCUUCCAGUGAUUUGAUUCGGAUUCAUCCAUUUGGCAUCCGAAUCAUCUCCAAAUCUGAAUCAGCCCUACUGUGCAUAGCCUGCUCCGGUGGGUCCCAUCCCACCUUGCACCUGGCCCGUGGGGUAUUCCAGCCCACUAUACAGGGAGCUGUCCCCUCUGCCCUCAGGCUCCAACUAGCGGGGGGGGCACGUCCUUCCCCAGCUCCUGCCUGUGUCCCAGGAUUAUCUAAGCACCUCUAAGAAGUUAGGAGAGGUCCAGCAGCUGGCCUGGUAUGGUGCCCCACGAUGGUAGCAGCUGACCCAUAAGCUCUGAUAGGGGAAGGGUGGGAGCCUGGGGGGCUGGCCAUGCUGGGGAUGGUGGGAUCUGGCCCGGCUCCAUCUGCAGGGAAAGGGAAGAGUCGUUUUGUAAAAAAAGUAACAAAGAAAAAGGAAAAAAAAGACUGUGAAAGGAUAAA